UCUCAGCCGGAGCGUCCCGGGGAAAAUGCUGCUGGAGAGACGGGCAGAGACAGCGGCAGGGGCUCGGUGAUCCCGGCUGGGGAGGUGGUGGGGGGUUGCGCUGCCCGGAGGUAGGUGGCCGGCCGAGGGAGCAGGAGAAGGAAAAGGGCUGAGACAGCCAUGGCUGAGCUGGGGACGGCCAACCUCACCACCAGGAUCAAGAAGCUGCUCCGCUCCCCGUCCCUCAAGCUGCGGAGGAGCAAACAGCGAACAGCAGGCGGGCAGAUCGCCGACAAGGUGACCCUGGAGAAGGUGCUGGGCAUCACAGUCUCUGGGAGCAGCGGACUUGCAUGUGACCUGAAGACGGGGCUUGUGGCUUACCCCUCUGGGUGUGUGGUUGUACUAUUUAAUCCCAAGAAGAACAAGCAGCACCAUAUACUGAAUGGAUCGAGGAAAACCAUCACGGCGGUGGCCUUUUCUCCAGAUGGCAAGUACCUGGUCACGGGUGAGAGCGGGCAUAUGCCUGCAGUUCGAAUCUGGGAUGCCAACGAACGAACACAGGUGGCUGAACUCCAGGAACACAAGUACGGGGUGGCCUGUGUGGCAUUCUCGCCCAACGCCAAGUACAUCGUCUCUGUCGGGUACCAGCAUGAUAUGAUCGUCAACGUUUGGGCAUGGAAGAAAAAUGUUGUCGUGGCGGCCAACAAGGUGUCAAGCAAGGUGACAGCUGUGUCAUUCUCCGAGGAUAGCAGCUAUUUUGUCACUGCUGGUAACAGGCAUGUCAAGUUCUGGUACCUGGACGCGUCCAAAUCCUCUAAGGUCAAUGCCACGGUGCCUCUGCUGGGUCGGUCGGGCCUGCUGGGCGAGCUGCGUAACAACUUCUUCAGCGACGUGGCGUGUGGGUGCAGCAGGAAGGCCGACAGCACGUUCUGCAUCACCACCUCGGGCCUCCUGUGCGAGUUCAGCGACAAGAGGCUCCUGGACAAGUGGGUGGAGCUGCGGACCACAACAGCCAACUGCUUAUCAGUCAGUGAGGACUUUAUCUUCUGUGGCUGUGCUGAUGGGACAGUGCGACUUUUUAAUCCCGCAAACCUCCAUUUCAUCGCCACGAUGCCCAAACCACAUUACCUGGGCAUGGACAUUGCAGCUGCCACAGAACCCAGCCACCUAUUCUCAAACAGAGCAGAUGCCAAGUACCCAGACACCAUUGCACUGACCUAUGACCCCACAAACCGCUGGCUGUCGUGUGUGUACAAUGACCAUAGCCUGUACGUGUGGGAUGUCAAGGACUUUAAGAAGGUUGGGAAGGUGUACUCUGCCCUGUACCACGCAUCCUGCGUUUGGAGUGUUGAGGUCUACCCGGAAGUGGAGGACAGCAAUCGAGCGUGCCUCCCUCCAGGCUCCUUCAUCACCUGCUCGUCUGACAACACCGUCCGUCUCUGGAACACGGAGGUGUCCAGCACCCACGGGACCUCGCUGCAUCGUAACAUGGUCAGCAAUGAUUUGCUGAAGAUUCUCUACAUGGACUGCAAUACGUCGACACUGCUGGAUGUGGAGAACAGUUUGGCGGGAGGCUCCGACAAACCGGAUGGCCAGGCUGCCGAGGUGAAGACUGGAAUCAGAACGCUGUGUGUGAGCCCUGACGGACAACAUAUGGCAUCCGGAGACCGGGCUGGGACUUUGAGGGUCCAUGAUCUCCAGUUCCUGAGAGAGCUCCUUCAAGUAGAAGCCCAUGAUUCGGAGAUCCUGUGUCUCGAAUACUCCAAACCAGAGACUGGUAUGAAGUUGCUAGCAUCUGCCAGCCGAGACCGCCUGAUCCAUGUGUUAGAUGCAGAGAAUGAUUACAGUUUGCUCCAAACCCUGGAUGAGCAUUCUUCCUCCAUCACUGCUGUCAAGUUUACAGCAAACGGGGGGAGCGUCAGGAUGAUCACAUGCGGGGCAGAUAAGAGCGUUUACUUCCGGACAGCUCAGAAGACAGCUGAAGGAACGCGGUUCACCCGAACGCACCACGUUGUUCGAAAGACGACGCUCUACGACAUGGAUGUGGAUUCCACCCACAAGUACGCUGCCGUUGGCUGUCAGGACAGAAGCAUUCGGAUAUUCAACAUCAGUAACGGGAAACAGAAGAAGCUGUAUAAGGGAUCUCAGGGAGAAGAUGGGACCCUCAUCAAGGUGCAGAUCGAUCCCUCGGGGCUCUUCAUUGCGACCAGCUGCUCUGAUAAGAACCUCUCCAUCUUUGACUUCUACUCGGGCGAGUGUAUUGCAAGCAUGUUUGGCCAUUCCGAGGUCGUGACAGGAAUGAAAUUCACCAACGACUGUAAACAUCUCAUUUCUGUGUCGGGAGACAGCUGUAUAUUCAUCUGGAGACUGAGCUCGGAGCUGACAAUUAACAUGAGGCAGAGGCUGGCAGAGAUCAAGCAGAAGGAGAAGAAGCAAGCGAAGACACCUCCACAAAACCAUUCAAGCCCAAACAGACAGGAAACAUUUGCUGUAGCUGCUCAGGCAGCUAUGUCCUCUGACAGUGAGAAGGAAGCUGAGGAUGAAGGAAAUGAGGAGGAUGAAGGACACUGUGCGGGUUCUGCACACAUCACACCAAAGCGAGGCAUCACCAAUGUGGUAAAUGAUAUCCCCACAAGGAUACAGUAUACCGGGAGCAUGAAGAGUCUGUGCAACUGGGAGAACAGUAAGACAGGCGAUGUACCAAUCCGGCUGGACCCGGCGCACAGUCACGCCCCUCGACCGCGUGGCCGAUGGUCCCGUCGCGGCAACAACAACGACAGCCUGGGGCUGAGUGUGAAGUCGAUGUUGGACCUGCGAAACCUGGACUCUUUCUCCUUCUCGCCGCUGGUGGGCCCCGAGCCGCGGGCUGGGACGGCGCCGUCCGGGAGCACCGUUCCCGAGGAAUCCAGUGAGCGCGAGCGCUGUGUCCGGGUCAGCAUAGAAACCCUGCUGAGCGAUAUAGAGGAGCAAGAGUUGACGGAGGUGCACAGUUCGGGCUUUGUCGGGCCCUGUGGCGUCACUGUCCCCACACGUGAGGAAGGCAUAUUCAGCCAGGAGCUGGAGACGCCCGAGGUUGAAGAGCGUACCAUCUACCCGGUGCACACCGGGAGCCCCAGUGAGACGGAGGGUGAAUACCAGGUGAAGGAGCUGCAGCACCGGACGCAGGAGAAGGUUUACCGUAGCCGCGGCCUCCCGGAGAAGCACAGCCCCGACAGUGCCUGCUCUGUGGAUUAUUCCAGCAGCCACUUCUCCAGCCCCGAGCACCCUCACGAAGAUUCCGAGUGUACAGAGCCACUGAGUGUGGACGGGAUCUCCUCAGACAUGGAGGAAGAAGAGGAGGAGCUGAGUGGGAGCUACUCGCGCGAGACAGCAGUGCCAAGAACACCAGACCAAGAGCACUUCCUGAAGCAACAUUUUGGGACCCUGGCCGAUGAGAGUGUUGGAGCGAAAACUGACCACCAGCUGGAACACCCGAGGCCUUUGUCUGCAAAGGAGACUGAAGAGCUGCUGAACCCUCGGCUCAGUAUUUCGGCAAGAUUCCUGUCUCAGUCGCUGGCAUCCAGCUUCAGAAACUCUCCAGAUCUUAGUUCCAAGUCCCUCCAGCAGAGUGAGGCCAGAUCUGGCCAAUUAACGUUCCCCGGCUCAAACCGAGGACGAGGUGGGGGAGGAGAGACCUUCAAGCUGAAGACUGAUGAUGGGCGUGAAUUUCAGAAGCAAGAGGACUUGAGAAACGACCAGAAUGGCGAUCAGAAACCACCAGAUGAUCUUGCAGCGGACUUCAUUUCAGCGUUGAAUUCCGUCCCAGGGAGAACUCCGGUGAAAGUCCCAUUUCGAGCCGAGUCCAGUGCUGUUCCUGACAGGUCAGUGUCCAUCCGGGUGAUGUGCAGCCAAAGGAAACGGAACCCGGCUGUAGAAUCCCGGAAAGCGUUUGCCGGAUCGGUGAAGGCACAGUCGGCAUCAGCACACCCAAGCCCAGCUGUAUCACCAAGUCCGACCAUGAGAAAAUCCCAGUCUGUUCACGACCUCAUUCGCGAAGUUUACCCAAUAGAUAUGGCAUCUAACAUAAUCUCAUCCGAGAAGCUACACUCUCACUCGUUGACUGUGACUGAGAAAGACGCCAGGGUCAACCAAAGGCGAACCUUGCCCUUAGUCCCCAGUAGAGUGGAGGCCCCAGCAUCAUCGCUGGCAAAGGACUGCCCUCAGGGAAAGAAUGCCAAACAGAAGUCCUACAUGAACCCAACCACCAGCUCGAUGGCCAAGAUGUCGCGCAGCGUGUCAAUGGGAGACAGCCUGAACUUCACAGAGAAUGUUGAGGAGCAGUCAGUCACUGAAAAGACCAUGAGCGGGCAAUGCUUGGAAGCGUCGCCCAGGACUUCACCUUUGGUGACCGUGGACACCGUGAACGAAAUCUCUCACAAGCAGGAGGUGCCCAAACAGAACGGGAAGGAGGCGGUUGGCUUCAAGCCGGUGUUGCAGCCAUCAGGAGGUUUGACAGUCCCCUCUGGCCCGAGCCCUCAGGCUAAGUUGAGCCUCGGCACUCGGGCGAACUUGUUCCUUGACCUUCCCAAGCCACUGCCGGACAGACCCUCUCUGACUUCGUUCUCACCGUCGGUCAGGGCGAAGUCUUGCUGUGAGAUUGAGCCCUUUAAGUCGUCUGUUUUGGCUAGCGGAGGAACAAAAUGGAGGCCUUCCUUUGGCGACAGCCAAGAGAAAAAGACUGAGAGCGUUUGCUCGCCCAGACAGGAGACCUCUGCUCUGCUGGAACGCCAGUCACCAGGGCAGUGCCAUCAGGAGUCACAGAUAGGGACAGCUCCUCAGUCUCCGUGUCAGCAAGCAUCUUCCACCUGGCUGCAUGCAAACUCCGAGCUCAGAGGUACCAGGCUUGUUGCCGACCCCUCGGACUCUUUACCCAACAUUCCAGUGUCAGCUGUCCAAAUGGUGACUGUUUCCGCACCAGCAACAAUCCCUUCCGUCUCUCCCAGGACUGGAGCGAAGGAACCAGGUCCCAAUGUCAGUGUUCAGAGCUGUAAGCUCCUGGCAAGUGAGCUGCAGAGCUGCUUAGAGAGAGCCCUGACCCUUUACCAGACAGUAAUCAACAACAAGGACUCCUCGGAGGAGAACUGCCAAAUGACAGCCAUUCUCUCAGAGACAUUUUCUUUAGUCAGGAAGCAAUUGGAGUGUCUCCAACAUCCAGGACUGGGGCCUGGGUCACCUCUCCUGGGGCCAGGGAUGGUGCCCUGUGCCUCUUACCUGGCAAGGAGUGACUCCUUUGAGGAUGAGAAGACCCUCGCCCUGCUCGAGCAGUAUUCUGAACGUUUACUCCAAGCUGUGGAGAGAAGGAUGGACCAUAAACAGCCGGGAGGGAAGGAAACUUCAGGACUGUGAAUUGGGGUACAUUGGGCACAGAACAAUCAUGGGCCUCGUAAACUCACCUACCCUGCCUCCCGCGCUGAGAGCCAUCAAAAAGAAACCACCUCCCUGUCAGCAGGGAAGUGGGGUGGGGGAAAGAAAAUCGUACAACACCACUGAGUUGACCUCAACUCGUCUCGUAUUUAGCGUGGGAUGGGUUGAGUCCGACUGUGUAACCGCUCGUCAGAAACCUGCAUUACACCCCCCGACUCCACGUCUAAAGCUUUCUUUCUCUGCCUGUAUUUUGAAGGCUGUAAGGUAGGUUCGAUGGGGAUCGUGCCACCUUGGGGGUGAGGUGGUCAUUAGAAGCAGUGGCCUGGACAAGGGGCUAUUGGCUCAGCAGGGUAGAAGUGUCUCGGUGAUCCAUUGGACGGCAGCGCGGAGCGGAGUGGCGAACUGCGUGAGCUCCCCGGGAAUUAUGGUGGAAAUAAGUGCGUCAUUUUACGGCCCAAUCAGCUGCAACAGCUUGUGCUCCAGGAAGACUGAAGCCAUGUGCCCCCCGCCGAUCCUCUCGUCUCGUUACCUUUCAUUCUCGAUAUUUCCUCUCACUCUUUGACUCCAUGCCACUUCCCUGCUCCGGCCCGAAGUCGCUUCGCCUCCAUCGGUUGGGAUCUGAAUCUCCCUGGUACAGCGACCGUCCCCUUUGUGAAACUAAAGUCCCUGUAAUGGAACAGCUAUGGAUUGUGACAUUUUCGGAACUGAGCCUUAGGGACAAAGGUCUUAAUAUUGAAAUGCUGUCAAUCAUUUAAAGGAGGGAAGGGAGUGGACAGACAACUUGGUGCGAUCCAUAUCCAUCACGAUGUGUGCAUUCCUUGUUGUUUGGACCACAAAUUCCUGCAUUUUCUUAUAUUUGGGAAACUGGAGGAUGUAGCUUUUAGGAAUAUUGUCUUACUUACUGACCGAAAAAAAUGUGUUUACUUUCAGAAUGGUCUUCUCAGAGGGAGGGUGCAGCUUUGGCAAAUGGGAAAUGGCGUCCCCAACCAUCACUGAUGGUGCACAACCCCUUCUCACUGUUUACCCUGCAUCAGCAAACAGUCAUCUCCCACCUCGGGGUUAUACCCCUUGGAUAGACCACACCCGCCCCACCCCUGGCAAGGUGCUCCACCUCCGUCAGAAUGCCCUCCUCAGAAAGACCCCUCCCCCGACCACUUCCCCCUCCCCACCACCCCCCACCCCCCCCCGCCAAAUUCAGAUUCACUUCUUUAUUCAUUCGUCAGAUCUUGCCCAUCCCUAAUUGUCCUGAGGGCAGUUAAGAGCCAACUACAUUGCAGUGGGCCUGUAGUCACGUGUCGGCCAGAUCAGGUGAAGAUGGCGUUUUCUUUCCCUAAAGGACAUUAGUGAACCAGACGGGGUUUAUUCCCCAUCUCCUGACAAUCAGAAAUAGUUCAUGGUCAUCGUUACAUUCUUUUUCACAGACUUUUAUUGAAUUCACAUUCCACAGUCUGCCGUUGGUGGGAUUUGAACCCAGGUCCCCAGACCAUCAUUGUGGUCUCUGAAUUAAUCGUCCAGUUAUAAUAGCACUAGUCCAUCACCUCCCCUUACAGGCAUUUCUGUACAGGAUACGAGAGUUGAGUGACGUGGACACAGCGCGAGGCAGAAGGGAGGAAUAGGUUUUAAUUGCAUAAAGCAGCAGAAAUGGAAACCAUUGACAUUGUGUUGUGAUGGACAUGUGUUUGCUUCAUGGAAUAUGGUCCCUGCGAACUGCAAACCACUGUUUGAGUCAGUUCUUUCAGGCUUGAUGUAGUUAUUAAGCCAGUGCUGACAGCCAAAAGCAGAGUAUGUUCAAGUUAACAUUUAUACAGCUGGUUUCAUUUGUCAGUGAAGCCACACACCGAGAAAGACAGCAUAAACUUGACAGAACACCACAAACAUCACAAUGAUUCUCCAGUGUCUGGAUUGACGUCCCAAACUUUGUACAAUAACAGUGGACAGGAACACAUACACAACAGACAGGAAUUCUCACACACACA